AUGGAGUCAGUCGCCGUGGUGACCGUGCCCUUCCCCUCGCAGGGCCACCUGAACCAGCUGCUGCACCUGUCGCUGCAGCUCGCGUCGCCGGGCGUGCCCGUGCACUACGCGGUGCCUGCGGCGCAGGUCCGCCAGGCCCGCGCGCGCGUGCACGGCUGGGACGACCGCGCGCUCCGCUCCGUCGAGUUCCACGACCUCGGCAUCUCCGAGUACGUCUCCCCGCCGCCCGACCCGACCGCGCCGUCGCCGUUGCCCACGCACCUCAUGCCCCUCUUCAAGGCCUACACCGCCGGCGCGCGCGCCCCGCUCGCGGCGCUCCUCGCCGGGCUCUCCGCCUCGCACCGCCGCGUCGUCGUGGUGCACGACCGCGUCAACGCGUACGCCGCCGAGAAGGCCGCGCGGCUGCCCAACGGCUAG